UGGGAAUCGGAAGAAAAAUGGCGGCCGUCAUGAAGGCGGAAGAAAAUAAUAACCACAUCAAGGUGUUUCUGCCCAACAAACUGAUGGACUGUUUACCGAAAUGUGCGGCUUUGCCCAAAGAGAGACAGCGAUGGAACACUAACGAGGAGAUCGCAUCUUAUCUGACAGCAUUCGAGAAACACGAGGAGUGGCUUUCUGGUGCUCCACGGACCAGGCCAGUGAAUGGCUCAAUCAUCCUUUACAAUCGGAAGAAAGUCAAAUACCGUAAGGACGGAUACUGCUGGAAGAAGCGGAAAGAUGGGAAAACUACACGAGAAGAUCACAUGAAGUUAAAGGUUCAGGGGAUGGAGUGUCUGUACGGUUGCUAUGUGCACUCUUCCAUCAUUCCAACAUUCCACCGAAGAUGCUAUUGGCUUCUGCAGAAUCCUGACAUUGUGUUAGUUCACUACCUGAACGUGCCUGUCCCUGAAGACUCUGGGAAAACGUGUGGGCCCACCCUGUGCUCGGUGAACAGCGAUAGGAAGGAGUGGCUGAAAUGGUCAAAGGAGGAGCUCAUUUGCCAGCUGAAGCCAAUGUUCCAUUGCAUUAAGUGGACGGGUAGCAACGGUAAUGGAGUAACGGAGUUCUCUGUUGAGCAGCUGGUCCACCAGGUUUUAGAAAGUCACCAAGUCAAACCUCAGCCUCGUACACACGCCUGCCUCUGCAACAACAGCUUUGGGACAACGGGAAGUAGUAUUCCUCAUAAAUGUAACAGCACAAAGCACAGGAUCAUAUCCCCCAAAGUGGACAUCCGACUCAAUACGUGCUCAGCUUUAACAGAAGUGCAGAAUCUCUCAGGUGUGGAAAACAAGCUGGAACAAGAUGAAUGUAAAGCUGACGGUCAGGAGCGAAAGCUUGCAAAGCUACCGAAAACUGUGCUGCAGGUCAACGCCAGCGAUGAGGUCUCCUUGUCAAAGUCGCUGGGGCAGGGCGAGUGUGCCCUCGACCCUCCAGCCUCUCGAACCAACAGCUACUGCGAGAGGGAGCUGAGCUCGGUCACCGUUGCCACCAGUGUGCCAAAUCUCACCGUUGCCACGGUGACCUGCAGCAUCCCACAGAACGCCGUCAUCCUAAUGACUGGGAUCGGGGAUAAGACAGUGUCACUGACCCCCAGUCAGCAGCUCGUUGCUACCAACUCCAGCCCAGCCUUGCCUGUGAGUGGCCAUGACCUGAGUCUGCCUCCCAUGGCUGUUGGUAUCAGUUUGUCGUUGGUUCCCAGUACAACGGCUGGGCUCGUCCUGCCCCAGGCUGUCCAGGGCAGUAUGGAUACAUCAGAAACUCACACGCCCACCAAUAACGUUGUCUUCGACCACAACUCUUUCCUAAACAGCCCCAAGCAGGGCCAGACCUAUGGGGGAGGAGGAGGACGGGCUGGCCAGGACGGGAAUACCAGUCCCAGCUCCUUCCGCACCGCCGACUCCCAAUUUCCAAGCAGCGAUCUGAAGCAGGAGCCGGAUUUCCAGAAAGAGAACCUGGAGAGCAUGACAGCUGGGAGCCUGGAUUUCAGAACACCCCACUCUUCGCCCGACAUCUCUGUCUUCCCUCGGAGUCCCGGUCUGGAUCCGGCCACUCCAACUUUCCCGGUGACCACCGAGGUCAACUCAGUGACGUCCGGCCCCGGCCCACCAGCUGUGCUGGAGAAAAUGGACUGCAGUAACACGGAGGACCGUAAAAACUUCAGCGUCUUCAGCCCCCUCCCACCAUCUGGCAGCCCCCUUCCUCCAACUCGAAACCAGUUCUUCGUCCAAAAUGAGGAGGGGUCCGCGGGAGCCUUAGUGCCGUCUCCCACUGCCCCUGAGAGUGUGAAAGCAGAACCAGCCUCCCUGUUUCCGCAGGAAUGCGGUGACAGCGUGCAGGAAGACCUCUCACCCUCUGUGCCGAUGGUGACCUUCCAGUCGGGUGUACCAGAAGCUGAGGUGUCCAUGGACACAAUGUCGCAGACAAAUGACGACACCGAGAUGGCGAGGGUACAGGGCAUUGUGGGCGUGGAGCAGCUUGCCAAGUCAGAGGUGCAGUACAACAUCGGUGGCAGCGCAGAGGAGACUGGAGGCUCAUUGGAAUUACAGUGUAAUCAUGUCCCUGACCUGUACACCAUCAUCCAAAACGACCUCUCCUCUGCAGCAGUGUCUUCAUCCAACAUAGACCUCAACAUUGACCACUUUGAAAUCUCCUUCGACAGCCAGUUCCCGGAUCUGAUGUCUGAUUUCAUGGCAGACAGCAGCACAGACUUCCCACAUUAUGGCAGUAACCCAGCCUCUGCUGCUCCAGCUGAGGGCUCAGCGCAGACCGUCUCUGCACAGUUUUCAGACCUGCCUUCUCCAAUCAGCUCAUUCCCUCAGCAGCAGCUCUCACUGGGCACUGCCACAAAUCUGGCAUUUCCUGAGGUGCCAGGAACUCCAGCCGAUCCAACAGCUACUUUGCCCGGUGGCCCAGCUCAGAGUGAGCAAAAUCUGACCAUCACCGAUUUCUCCCCUGAGUGGUCUUACCCUGAGGGUGGUGUGAAAGUCCUCAUCACAGGCCCGUGGAAUGAUGGCAGUGAGCAAUUCUCCUGCACGUUUGACCAGAUCACUGUCCCAGCUUCACUCAUUCAGUCUGGUGUCCUGCGCUGUUACUGUCCAGCUCAUGAAGCAGGGCUGGUGAAGUUGCACGUGGCUCGUGAGAACCACUUCAUUUCCAACUCAGUGCUGUUUGAAUACAGGGCUCGGAACUCCUUGGCACUGCCCAGCUCACAGAUCGACUGGCUGUCCCUGGAUGAUAAUCAAUUCAGGAUGUCCAUCUUGGAGCGACUGGAGCAGAUGGAGAAGCGAAUGGCUGAGAUGACAUAUUCAAACUCCAACCAGCAACAAAAGAUGGGCCCUGGGGACAAGAUGCAGAUCCAGGCCUCUUCCGAUUCAUUUGAGGAGAGAAUUAUCGCCGUGUGCGAGGCGAUGAUGUCACGUUCCUGCUGGCUGCGCUCUGAACAGCUCCUUCACAGCAUCAGUUUUCGGGGAAUGACCCUGUUACACCUCGCGGCAGCUCAAGGAUAUGGUCAGCUCAUCGCAACUCUCAUCAAGUGGAGGAGGGUGAAUGCUGAGAGUUUGGAUCUGGAGCAGGAGGUGGAUCCCCUGAACGUGGAUCAUUUCUCGUGUACCCCUCUGAUGUGGGCCUGUGCCCUGGGCCAUGUUGAAGCUGCUGUCACCCUCUUUGCGUGGAAUAGCCAAGCCCUCACCAUCCCAGACUCGCUGGGGCGCCUCCCCCUGCAGGUAGCACGUUCCCGUGGCCAUGUGAGGUUGGCCAUGCGACUUGAGGAACUGCAGAGACAGGAGAGUCAGAUCCAGGACCGCCUGCUGAGGGCCAGGUUACAGGACAGUGAUGGAACAGGUACCAACUGGCAGCUGUGGGUACGAAGCUCUGCUGAAACUCUCAAGGCCCCUUCGCCAUCCUCCGUGAGCCCAGACACAGGUCUGAGCACUGUCAGCAGUAACUCCUCUCCCUCCUCACUGUCUGAAAGGUCAGGACCUUUGUCAGUGAGCCCAGUGUACUUCAGUGGCUCUGUCCACAGAGAGACACCUAUAACCAGCCCUGAGCUGUGCCCCAGUGCUGAGCAAGAUGUAGCCAUGGAGAUCGGUGAGCUGCAGAGACAGGAUGUCACCAACACUAUGUCGCACCCAGUGAAGGAUCAGAGCCCGAUAGCACUCGGCAGCGGUGAGAACUCUGGACCUGCUGGAAACAAGGAGAAGCCCAGCACCCUGUGGGGCCUGCAGGACGAUGCCGAACCUCGGAAAAUCCGCAAUGGCAGCACAGCUGACCCCCACUUCUUCCUGGACUAUGAGGCCGCUCUAAUGACCAACAGCACCAAGCAGUACUCGAUGGUGACAGGGAGAGAUUCCAUGGAGACAGAGUUGCUCCAUUUCACUGAAAACGUGGAGAAUGAAGACUUCCUGCCCCCGGUCGAUGUAUUACAGGUCGAUAUGAUUACUUUAGCAGAGCAGAUUAUUGAUGCCACUCCAGAGAGGAUCAAGCAGGAAGAUUUUAACACCGUUGGGACAGCUCUGAAAGAGCAUCAAGACAGUGCAGCGAUCAGCGACACCAUGAGCUGGCUGGCCAGCUACCUGGAGAAUGUUGACCAACUUCCAAACUUCUCCCAGCACAGGUCUGUGUACAGCCAGCCACUGACCCCCCCAUCAAACCCCUGCCUGAGCCCUGGCAGCUCUCCACUCAGUGACAUCACCUUUGAGAGGGUCGAUACUCCAGCCAACACUGAUUGGUCAGAUUUCCUCAAUGCAUCAGCGAAUGGGAAGAUGGAGAGUGAGUUUGCGUUGCUGACACUCUCAGACCAUGAGCAGCGAGAGCUCUAUGAGGCAGCACGUAUCAUCCAGAAUGCCUUCCGCAAGUACACGGGAAGGCGGCUGAAGGAACAGCAGGAGAUCGCUGCAGCUGUCAUCCAGCGUUGCUACAGGAAGUACAAGCAGCUAACAUGGAUAGCACGGAAGUAUGCACUUUACAAGAAAAUGACGCAGGCGGCUAUCCUCAUCCAGAGCAAGUUCCGCAGUUACUACGAGCAGAAGAGGUUCCAACAGAGCAGGAGGGCAGCGGUCCUGAUCCAGCAGUACUACCGCAGCUAUAAGGAGUAUGAGAAACUCAAGCAGGGCCAUCGAGGGAGUGGGCCGCUGCAGCAGAAACUCAAAGCCACAUUCCUGACCAAGAAACAAGAUCAGGCAGCUCGCAAGAUCAUGAGGUUCCUGAGGCGCUGCCGACACAGAAUGAAGGAGCUGAAGCAGUCGCAGGAGCUGGACGGAGUGCAGAAACAUGCCCUUUCCACUUAGACCCUACCCUUCCAUGGGGAAAAUGUUCUGGAGAUGGACACGAGCCUGGCG